AGCGAAUAAGCAUAAUUGACUUCAGAAAUUGCCAAACAAUAAGAAAGCAAGUUUUUUGUCUGCAAAACAAAGGAUCGUGACUCCAAACGAUUGAAGCUGACUCUAUGUCUCUUACAGAAGAAGAUUUGCAGAAAUUUCAUGAUGAGCAUUUCGGAAAUGUAGCUAUACAAUGCUGGGAAAACGCGUUUCUUCAAUCUCAAGACGACUUUGACCUGGCAUCUCCAAGGAAGCCAGGCUCGAAAUCCUCUACUAUAGAAAGAUAUCCAGAUGGAGUCAUUCGAACGCUGACCGACGAACAAGUAGCAUACUUUCGUGAAUCUGAAAUACGAGAAAUUAAAUGGAAAAAGGAAAAAGAACAAUUUAUACAAGAGAAAGAAACAGCCGCAAAGGCAUUUGAACAAGCGAAUGUAGCAGCGUCCUUACCAGAGAGUCAACCUAACGUACCAAUGUCUCUGCAACAACCCUUGUCAAUAGACUCGUACCGAAGAUUGUAUGGAUAUUCGUAUCAUGAUGUACUUGAAUUAGAACAGAUUCUUGAUAAUUCGUUUCAGAAGUUUACAGCCGUCUCUACAAAGUAUUGGCCUUCUAUCCCUAUCCGUAGCUAAAAGAACCAUGAAAUUUAUAUUUAUAUACAUACAACUACAAUAUAAUUACGAAGCAAAAGAAAUUAAUUCAUUCGUGUUUUCCUUACUUGCUAUAGUUAUAGUAAUAGUUAGGUUGAUUUUUCCUUGCCUUAUUCUUAAACAAUUACCCAUACUCAAGC